GGGUGCUAAGGAGGGGGAGGGGGCCGGGCUGUUUUUCUGGAGAGUUAGAGCUGGAGUGAGACAAAGCGAGGCCGGCGGGCCAGGCGGGCGCCAUGGAGCUGCGGUCCCGAGUCCUGUUCUGGAAACUUGUGCUUCUUCAGAGCUCUGCUGUCCUUCUGUCCUCAGGGCCGUCUGGGCCCGGGAUGGCCGGCAGCUCGGUGGUGUCAGAAUCUGUGGUGAGCUGGGCGGCCGGCGCCCAGGCCACGCUGCGCUGCCAAAGCCCUCGUAUGGUGUGGACCCAGGACCGGCUGCACGACCGCCAGCGCGUGGUCCACUGGGACCUCAGCGGCGGCCCUGCCGGCGGCCCCACGCGCCGACUGGUGGACAUGUACUCGGCGGGCGAGCAGCGCGUGUACGAGACGCGCGACCGCGGCCGCCUGCUACUGCCGCCCUCCGCCUUCCACGACGGCAACUUCUCGCUGCUCAUCCGGGCGGUGGAGGAGACAGACGAGGGCCUGUACACCUGUAACCUGCACCACCACUACUGCCACCUCUACGAGAGCCUGGCCGUCCGUCUCGAGGUCACUGACAACCCCCGGGCCGCCGGCGCACAUUGGGACGGCGAGAAGGAGGUGCUGGUGGCGGAGCGCGGGGCUCCCGCGCUGCUGACGUGCGUGAACCGCGCACACGUGUGGACCGACCGGCACCUGGAGGAGGCGCAGCAGGUGGUGCACUGGGACCGGCAGCCGCCGGGGGUGCCGCACGACCGCGCCGACCGCCUGCUCGACCUGUACGCGUCGGGCGAGCGCCGCGCCUACGGGCCGCCCUUCCUGCGCGACCGCGUGGCGGUGGCAGUGGACGCCUUUGCGCGCGGCGACUUCUCUCUGCGCAUCGACCCGCUGGAGCCUGCCGACGAGGGCACCUACUCCUGCCACCUGCACCACCACUACUGCGGCCUGCACGAGCGCCGCGUCUUCCACCUGAGGGUCACCGAGCCCGCCGCACAGCCUCCCCCGCGGGACUCGCCGGGCAACGGCUCCAGCCACAGCAGCGCCCCCCGGCCAGACCCCACGCUGGCGCGCGGCCGCAGCGUCAUCAACGUCAUCGUCCCCGAGGGCAGGGCCCACUUCUUCCAGCAGCUGGGCUACGUGCUGGCUACUCUGCUGCUCUUCAUCCUGCUGCUCAUCACCGUCAUCCUGGCCACCCGCCAGCGUCGCCGCGGAGGCUACGAGUACUCGGGCAAGAAAUCGGGGCGGUCAAAGGGGAAGGACAUGAACAUGGAGGAGUUUGCUGUCGCCACAGGGGACCAGCCUCUUUACAGGACUGAGGACAUCCAACUAGAUUACAAAAACAACAUCCUGAAGGAGAGAGCUGGGCUUGCCCAUAGCCCCCUGCCUGCCAAGUAUGUGGACUUGGACAACGAGUUCAGGAAGGAGUACUGCAAAUAAGGUGAUCUUGGGCUCCUGGCUGGGCCAGCAGCUCUGCCAACUCCUGUCUGUCCGUCUUGGAGGACGUCCUCCUGACCCUCAUGCCGCUCCCCCAGCCUCCACUCCAGCGGCUGGUCCCGCUGUCCUAGAACUUGGCCUGGACUGGUGCAGAGUGAGGAGGCUGCCUCCAGAUCCCUCUCCUGGGAGCCAUCCUAAUCCUCACAAGCAGCAGUGGGCUCCCUGGGACUCUGCAGGCUGUGGCUGCACCCCUUCAGCAGCCCUGGGCUGGUUCCCACGCUCACUGGUGCCCUGGUGUACCCUCCCCCCCCCCACUGCACAGUCAAGACCCCACUGAUGUUCACCAAGCCCUGAGGCUCUCCUAGUCUCUGCCUGCUAGGGGCUAGGGGCUGGGGGCAGGGGGAAGGAAGACACUCUUGUAGGGGGCUCAGCAGGAGCUGUGGUCAGCCUCAGGGCUGGCACUCCCACGUCUUUCUCAUGGGAGCUGCCUGCUGGCUCCCCAUGCACUACCCAGCCAGGCUGCCAUCGAUCGGCUCUGCACAGAGACCAGAGGACUGUGCACUCCAGGCCCAGGGCUGAUGCCCCUCGGCGCUGCGUCGGGCCACCUGGGGCUGCCCUGGGCCCCUUCUCUGCUUCCCCUCUGCUCCAGCCGUGUUGCCAACCAGCUGCCUUGACAGUCACUGGGCUCCAUGUGACUUUUGACCCUGCCUCUCCCCCUCCCACAGCCCCUCCCUGGGCUGGAGUCUGGGGCUGGGGCCUCAUUUGGCUUCUGUUUUUGCUGAGGACAGGGGAGGGGGUGAAGAUGGUUGUAGAGUGGCCUGAGCUGCCACUCCCGACUCCCCACAUUUGCUCCUCCUGGAAAAUUGCUGCCAUCGCAAUAAAGACCACGUCUGAUUUUUA